AUGAGGGAAAAAACCAAGAAACUCAAACUUUUCCUUAGUUUUAUCAUCCUUGCCCUCUUAAUAUGCACAUGGAACUAUCCCGAUAAGGACACAUCCCCUGGAGAACCACAUGGCCAGGUAAACCAGUCAAGCAGCUCAUUACACGUACGAACCAGCAGAUUGCUGAGAGUAGACACAAAGCAAGAUGGGAGCCCAAAGUAUGCAUUCCUGAGAGAAAGUAUAAAACAGUUGGUAAACGAAGAUGGUGCCAAUUUUGAAAGAAAAUUAAUUUCCCUAUUACGUGACCAUAACAUUGACAAUAAUUUUAGCACCUCAAUGAAAAGUGAUGAUGCGCCGAAAUACACAGAUCCAGUGCAACUUAGAAAAACAUACAAAAAGGUUUCUCAUUCAUUAAAGAACCAUAAUAAUUGUAAUAGCAGCGUAGAAGGUUGUGAUCUCUAUGAUUUCUAUGAUGAUGAUGACGACGACAAUAAUUAUAGGGACAGUGAAGAAACAUUAUAUGAUAAGGAUGCCUCCAAAGACAUCCACUCAGUUGACGAUAGCAAAUAUGAUUAUGCCCAUGAUAGAGCAUAUGGUGCAUUAAAAAAAUCUGAUUCGUACAGAAAGGGACGCCGCCGAUCAAAAUAUGAGAACACGCAUGGCAAAGAAUUAUAUAAAUCAAGAGAUACAUAUAGAGGGUUAAAGUAUAAACACAGUAGAAACGGCCUUUUCUCUUCCUUCUUUAAAUUUUUAAAAUCCGCGGACACAAUGUACGAGAAGGAAUUAAUGAAGUUGAUGACGUAUGAUCGUAGUAGUUCGCAAGGCAAAAAAAUAUCACCAAAACAUAAAAUGUACUUUAAUAUUCUUUCUCCACUUUUGGCGCCCUUCGUUCUUGUUCUUGUAUCUAUUGCAAUAAACUAUCCCUUAGGUGUUGUUUUAUCAUUUGUAUUAUAUUUUAUAAUUGCGUUUUACGUGUUGUAUAAAACGAUGAAUGCCGCCAAAAAAUGUUCCUUCCUAGACAAGAUAAAAAAGAAACGACGUUCUGAGCUGAGUGCUACUCGAAGAUAA